GCCACCUGUCAGUGGCCAUCAGUGCCACGCGCCAGUGCCCAUCAGAACCACAUCAAUGCCACAUAUCAGUGCAUACCAGUGCACAUCAAUGCCACAUAUCAGUGCCCAUCUGAGCUAGUGUCAGCCAUCAGUGCCAGUCAGUGCCACCUAUCAAUGCCAAUCAGUGCCACCUAUCAGUGCCACCUAUCAGUGCCAGUCAUCAGUGCUGCCUAUCAAUGCCAGUCAGUGCUGCCGAUCAGUGCCAGUCAGUGCCGCCGAUCAGUGCCAGUCAUCAGUGCCGCCGAUCAGUGCCACCUAUCAGUGCCAUAUAUCAGUGUC